UCACCUACGGCCCAAGGCAAUCUUCAGAGCCCAACUAGCUGGAACACAGAGGCCACCCGUGCCUCCUCCAACGUCAGCCAUUAACAACCGGCACAUCACCACCUCCACCUCCACCUCCUCCUCUUCCUCCGAUAUUGAGGAAUAUCUCGCCGGAGAAAUUUAUUCCGGUUUAUUUAUUUGUAUUAAAAAAAAAAAACAAAAAUGAUCUCACAAUCUCGAGAAGAAGAUUCGAGAGAAGAGGACAAAAAAGAAGAGUCAAGCCGCCUAUUACCGACGCCUGCCCAAUUUCCGACAACUCCUUCGGACGGCGAGGACCCCGACGAAGUUGCUUUCGAAGCGCGAGAUAAAAUCCUUGUGGUUGAUGUGGACGGCCAAGAUGCAGUCGACGCCGACGAUUAUGUCCCGCCGUUCUCAUGGAAAAAACUAUGGUUGUUUACGGGACCUGGAUUUUUGAUGAGCAUAGCGUUUCUAGAUCCUGGGAAUUUAGAGGGGGAUCUCCAGGCUGGAGCGAUUGCCGGAUAUUCGCUGCUGUGGCUAUUGAUGUGGGCCACCGCCAUGGGCUUGCUGAUCCAGAUGCUGUCGGCCCGUGUCGGAGUGGCCACCGGACGCCAUUUAGCGGAGUUGUGUAGAGAGGAGUAUCCAAAUUGGGCAAGGUUGAUUUUGUGGUUCAUGGCGGAGGUGGCGCUUAUUGGGGCUGAUAUACAGGAGGUUAUAGGGAGCGCUAUCGCUAUACAUAUCUUGAGUAAUGGAGUUUUGCCGCUCUGGGCAGGUGUGGUGAUUACAGCUUUGGAUUGUUUUAUGUUUUUGUUUCUAGAGAAUUAUGGAGUAAGGAAGUUAGAAGCUGUUUUUGCAGUCCUAAUUGCAACUAUGGCUUUAUCUUUUGCCUGGAUGUUUGGCGACACCAAGCCUAGUGGAAAAGAACUUUUAAUUGGUAUGUUAAUUCCAAGACUUGGUUCAAAAACAAUUCGCCAAGCUGUGGGGGUUGUGGGUUGUGUUAUAAUGCCUCACAAUGUGUUCUUGCAUUCAGCUUUGGUGCAAUCAAGAAGGAUAGAUCCUCAGAAGAAGGGGCGGGUUCAGGAAGCACUGAAUUACUACUUAAUUGAGUCAUCAAUUGCUCUUCUAGUCUCCUUCAUGAUCAACUUGUUUGUGACAACUGUGUUUGCCAAAGGAUUCUAUGGCACCGAAAAGGCCCAUAGUAUAGGACUAGUCAAUGCAGGGCAGUAUCUUCAAGAGAAAUAUGGGGGAGGAAUUUUUCCAAUUCUUUAUAUAUGGGGUAUUGGCCUGUUGGCAGCUGGACAAAGUAGUACAAUAACUGGCACAUAUGCUGGGCAAUUUAUCAUGGGAGGUUUUCUUAACCUUCCCCUGAAGAAAUGGCUGAGGGCAUUGAUAACACGAAGUUUUGCUAUCGUGCCAACUAUGAUAGUAGCUCUUGUGUUCAAUACAUCUGAAGCCUCAUUGGAUAUUUUGAAUGAAUGGCUAAAUGUGCUUCAGUCAGUACAGAUCCCUUUUGCUCUUAUCCCUCUUCUUACUUUGGUGGCCAAGGAGCAGGUCAUGGGGGAAUUUAGAAUUGGGCCUGUUCUUGAGAGGCUGGCUUGGACUGUAGCUAUCCUAGUUAUACUGAUUAAUGGGUAUCUAUUGCUUGAUUUCUUCGCGGCUGAAGUUAAAGGGCUGCUGUUUGGUUUUCUGGCCUCCACUGCCACAGUUGCAUAUAUAGCAUUUAUUAUCUAUCUUGUUUCGCGUAGUGGUGGUGCUCUUUCAUCUGCCUGGCUCAGCUUAGAACUGUCGAAGAGGAAUGCAUACCCCGGAAAUUAAGUUUUCUUCAAUUUCAAAAUAUUGGAAUAACGACCACCUGCCAUAUAACAUGACAGUUUAAUGAGACUCUUUCAGCAGAAUAACAUUCUUUCACUGUCAAUCCCUAACAUCGGCACAGACAUAAAGUGAGUAUACGAUUUAACUAUUUUCUGCAUGAGGAGCUGUAUUUUAUGGUCGUGUUCUAUUAUCAAUCAUGAGUGAGGGUGCAUUUUUCCUCUGUUCAGUGGAUGGAUGAAGCAUCUUUGUAGCAAAAUGGUAAAUUACUUGUAGUAGGCGCAUUAUGCCUAGCUUUUCAAACUCAGGAUGAGUUUAUUAGUUAAUUCUCUGUUGCAAUAGUUUAUCUUUAUCAUUGUAACAUAGACAAAAUGUCAUUAAAAAGUUAUCUCGAGGGAUAAUCAAUACUACAGAAUGAAGUAAAAUUUUCAGUACUAUUUAUCUUUUCUCA